AUGGCGCAACCGUCAUCAUCACUUUCACCCCUCAGUCUCGACGCCGUGGACGAUGUUUACUUCUCCGUGGUCUCCGAUGAUGAAACCGACCCUGCCCCCGUCUCCGAUGAUGAAACCGACCCUGCCCCCGUCUCCGAUCACAAGUACGCUGAAGCAUUACAGUUUCAAGAAGCGCUGAUGUCCUCUGUCAUCGCUUCGUCACAACCACCACUGUCAUUGCCGUGCGUAGCAUCUUCGUCAAGAACCGUCGAUGAAGAGUCACUGUUCAAUGAAACCCUUAAGGACUCACUCAUCACUUCCCAAUAUGUUUCAUCAUCAACAUCACCGCCACUACUCCGAGUAGCACCAUCAUCAUCAAAGGCCGUCGAAGUCGACACUCUCGUCACCAAAGAAGAUGAACGGACUUUUCCGAUCAUCAUUUGCGAGAUUUGCGCUGAACCAAAAACGGACGAGGAUAUGUUCAGAAACAAAAGAUGUUACCAUUCCUUUUGUUCCGACUGUGUUGUCAAACAAGUAGCAACAAAAAUCCAAGAAAACAUAACGGUUGUUUCUUGUCCCGGUUUGAACUGCAAGGGUGUGUUGGAGCUUGAAACCCUUAGGCCAUUGCUUCCAAAAGAGUUGAUUGAUAGAUGGGAUGAUGCAAUGACUGAGGCUCUUUUGCUUACGGUUCCGAAAUUCUAUUGUCCGUUUAAGGAUUGUUCGGCGAUGUUGCUUGAUGAGGAUGAAGAGGGGGGAGAGAUCACGGAAUCUGAAUGUCCUUUUUGUCAUAGGUUGUUUUGUGCUAGGUGUCAUGUUUCUUGGCAUCCUGGGGUUAGUUGUGAGGAGUUUCAGACAUUGAAUGUGGAUGAAAGGGGGAGGGAAGAUCUUCUUGUUAGAGAGCUUGCGAAUCAGAAGAAAUGGAAGAGGUGUUCUAAGUGUAGAUUCUAUGUUGAAAAAAAGGAGGGAUGUUUGCAUAUCACAUGCAGGUGCAAAUAUGAGUUUUGCUAUGCUUGCGGAGAACAGUGGACAACUACUCAUGGUGAGUGCCGAAGAAAUUAG